AUGGGUAAUUCAAAUGCAAAAUCUAGAGAUAUUUCCAUCAAAGAUGACUUCAAACGUUAUAAAUCCUACGGAAAAUGUAAAGUAUGUAAACGUUACAAUACGAACGUCGCUUGGUGCCAAUUAUGUGAUCCUAAAAAGUUGCUCAAAGAAUUUGAAGAUGCAGGAGCCGAUGAGUUAAGAGAUAAAUUCUGGACAUGGAAUGAGAUUAAUAAACAAAUUAAACGACAAUUUGAUGAAUCGGAUAAAAAACAGGAUGAAGAAGAUGAAGCUAAUGAUAGUGAAUUACAAAUACAUCCUGAAGCUGUAUAUACAUGUAGAAUUAUGGAUUUUGGAAAUCUUAAUGAAACUGGAGUAGUCGAGGAAGAAAAUGAGGAAGAGAAUGAGGAGAAUGAGGAAGAGAAUGCAUAUGAAAAAUAA